CGUGUCUACAUUCAUGUGACCGCGGUGGAGAGGCGGGGUUUUAAUGUAACAAUUUAGGUGCUACAGUGUGUCCAAUAAAGUGUCGGUGAUAACUGAGCGCAUCUGCUGCUCUCUGCCUCCGUUUGAUGCUACACCUCGGACGUCAAAUGACAGUAGAACCAGCGGCGCCGCCAGAGGGGACGGGACCGAUUAAUAACACAUUCAUAUGAGGCUGAUGUAUGUUCCCAGUGAGGAGACUGCAGUCCUCAGGAGCCACACAGCGCCUCCCCACCACCUCCACCUCUAUCUUCUGUUCCUUUGUCUAGGGGCAUGCCUUCUGAACCCAGCCUCAGCAGUCGGGAGAUGCUGACAGGACAGAGGCUCUGCCAGUCAAAGUCCCACCAGGACUCGGUCCUCUCUGCCCUCAACCAGCAGAGGAAGGACGGCCUGCUGUGUGACGUUACGCUGGUCGCCGGAGAGCAGAAGUUCCACGCCCACAAAGCCGUCCUGGCAGCGUGCAGCGAUUACUUCAGGGCCAUGUUCAGCUUGUGCAUGUUGGAGAGCGAAGCAGACGAAGUGACUCUACAAGGAGUGACCAGCGUUGGACUGAAGCACGCUUUAGAUUUCGCCUACACCGGGCAGAUUCUGCUGGAGCCGGCGGUGAUCCAGGACGUCCUGUCUGCAGGCAGCCACCUGCAGCUGCUGGAGCUGCUCAGUCUCUGCUCACACUACCUCAUCCAGGAGCUGAGCAGCGUGAACUACCUGGAGCUGUACCGCGUGGCCGACCUGUUCCACCUCCCCUCCUUAGAGGAGGCCGUGGUGGGCUUCCUGGUGGAGCAUCUGUCUGAGCUGAGCCAGAGCCGGAAGGACGAGGCUCUGCAGCUGCCCUACCGCCUCCUCAGGGAGGUGCUGAAGAGCGACCGUCUCACCUCCCUGAGCGAGGAGGAGAUAUGGAAGUUGGUGGUUUUGUGGCUGGAACACGACUGUCGAUAUCAGUACACUGAGGAUCUGCUGCAGCACAUCCGCUACGGCCUGAUGGACGUGCCCACCCUGCACCACCUCGCCCGUAGCCAUCCUCUUGUCCAGUCCAGCCCCACUGCCGCCGCCCUGGUGGACGAGGCCCUGGACUACCACCACUCCACCUUCGCUCAGCCCCUCCACCAGUCAGCUCGCACCAGGCCUCGCUUCCAGUCCCUCACCCUCUAUAUAAUUGGGGGGCGCAAGCGUGAAGUGAGCAGAGUCAGGGAGCUGCGGUACUUCAACCCAGCUGCCCAGGAGCACGUACGCGUGGCAGGAGGGUCCAACUGGAGCGAGCUGGCACCCAUGCCCACCGGACGCAGCCACCACUGUGUGGCUGUGAUGGGGAACUUCUUAUUUGUUGUGGGCGGUGAAGUGGAGCAUGACAGUGGGAGGACGUGUGCCGUACGGACUGCCUGUAGAUACGACCCCAGGGGCAACCAGUGGACUGAGAUCGCCCCCAUGAAGGCCUGCAGAGAACACUUUGUCCUGGGAGCUCUGGGUCAGUACCUGUACGCAGUGGGGGGCAGGAAUGAGCUGAGACAGGUGCUGCCCUCUGUGGAGCGCUACUGUCCCAAGAGGAAUAAAUGGAUGUUUGUCCAGCCGUUCGACCGCUCACUGUCCUGCCACGCCGGCUGUGUGGCUGACAGCCUGCUCUGGGUCUCAGGUACUCAAGGAGACAAAAGAAGAAGUCAACCUACACACUCUCCUAAAAGUGUUUCUGAUUGGUCCCUGUUUAUACAUGCACAGACACACAGAUCCCAGGGUGUUGUUCUUUGUGUUGCAGGUGGAGUAACAAACACUGCUCAGUACCAAAAUCGGCUGAUGGUGUAUGACCCAGAACAGGACCAGUGGUUGGCCCGCAGUCCCAUGUUGCAGAGGCGAGUGUACCACGUCAUGGCGGCGGUGAGGAGGCAGCUCUAUGUGCUCGGCGGGAACGACCUGGAUUACAACAACGACCGCAUCCUGGUCCGUCACAUCGACUCCUACAACAUGGACCUGGACCAAUGGACGCGCUGCUCCUUCAGCCUCCUCACAGGUCAAAACGAGUCCGGAGUGGCCGUUCACGAUGACAGGAUCUAUGUGGUUGGAGGAUACUCCAUUUGGACUAAUGAGCCGCUGGCAUGCAUUCAGGUACUUGAUCUCAGCACGGAGGGCAAGGAGGAGGUUUUUUAUGGACCAACACUACCAUUUGCCUCCAAUGGGAUAGCAACCUGUUUCCUCCCCGCUCCGUAUUUCACCUGCCCAAACCUACAGACUCUACAAGUCCCCCAUCACAGGAUCGGUGCUGUUUAAAGUGCUGAGUAACAAAAUGCCAGAAAACUUGAACACAUGCCCAGAGGGCGGAGCCAUCUCAGCAGAACUCUGGACAGUCAGCACUUACCAUCAUGACUGACACAAACCUACUUGAUUAUAGUAAUCAAUCGGGAAUCUGCCACCUGUCACAGGAGCGCACAGGGAGUUCUGGGACACCCAUACGCAUUAAUAGGACCUUCCUGAUCUACAAGAGCCAUGUUAUUCCUCAAGCUUCUAGGGAACAAGCUGCUGAACAAGCUGUCACAAUAAUACAGGAUAUUUGGUGCAUUUCCUAAAAAACUGAGACACCAUUCAUCGAGUGUAGUGGACAGGGAGGUGGGAAAAUAACCCCAGAGGGAACAAAAUGUCAACCCUAUUAACAAUGAAGUGACUUAUGGUAAGCAGAAAUUGCUGAACUGCUCACCUGUCUGCAGGAGCUCAAAGAAACGGUUCUUUUUGUAACCCAUUAGAGGAGCCUUUCUAGCUAAAACCACUAUAUGACGUUUCCAUCUAACCUCUAUAAUCACUUUGGCGGCCUGAAAAACACGCUGAUGUUUUUCAAGAUAUAGAAGACGAAGCCUGUUUUGUUGUUGACUCAGAUGUAUUUUGGGUUAACGAGUGUCAAGCACCUGAGGCUGAAACUCAUAGUCAUUUUUUUUUUAGUUCAAAUAAGGUAAAAAUGACUUUAAAGAAUGACUUUCUGUAAAAGCAGCGACAUACUGCUGUCUGUGUACAAGCUGUAGACCCGUGUAAGUGUGUGAGAUUUUUAUUAUGCUCAGGACCUAAGACUGUUUAAACGAAUGUCUGGCCAUUGUCAUCAUACAGAGAACAUCUGAAUAUUCUCCAGAGUAUGUAUAUGUAUGGUACUGCAUUAUGCCGAUUCUCAAAAACAGACACCGAUCACCCACAACAUUAAAACCACCUGCCUAGCAUUUAUUUUGUAGGUCAUCCUUGUGCUGCUGAAACAGGUCUGGUCUCUGGGAUGAAGCAUAGUCAUGCCGGGGUUCCAACAGUGUUUAAAUGUUUGGGAUGUGUCCGUGUCCACAUGAAUGCCAGGACCGAAGGUUUCCCAGCAGAACAUUGCACUGUAACAAGAUAAUCAAUGUUACACACUUCACCGCUUUGUGGUUUCAAUGUUGUGGCUAAUCAGUGUCCUGUAAACAAAAGAGAGAAAACACAAUCCCUGCACUUCCCUUGUCUGCCCAAAGCAGUGAGUCUGAGAGAAUAUACGGAGCAUCUGCAGAAUAAAAAAGCUACAUGAAUAAACA